UCUACGUCAAUGGGCGGUUUUUGAGUGUUAGGAACCGAACUGGGAGGGGACGUUUGACUGACCAGUAAAGAAGUGCGUGGUGUUGUGUACAUUUGUAUCGUUUCUAAGCUAGUUAACACAUGAACGGCAAUUUACACCGUGAACUGGUAGUAGUGGCGGGAACAAAAUAGGACAGUUUGCAUCUGAAUGCAAGCGGGGGCUGCGAGUGACUGAAUUGCGGCAGGUAGGGAGAGCUGUAUCGGUCAGCCAUGGGUUUCCGAAAGAAGAACAAGAGCCCGCCGGUGCUGAGCCACGAGUUCGUGAUCCAGAAUCACGCGGAUAUGGUUUCAUGUGUGGCUAUGAUAAUUCUCCUCGGCCUGAUGUUCGAGGUCACAGCAAAGUUUGCCAUCAUGUUCAUCACCAUUCAAUACAAUGUGACUCAAAGUCUUGAUGAGAGGGCUGAGCAAGUGAACCUGUACCAGUACGGUCCUAAAGACAUAGCCACUGUGUUCUUCUACCUGCUCAUUGCUGUCAUACUCCACGCCUUAAUACAGGAAUACAUUCUCGAUAAAAUGAAUAGGCGGUUGCACCUGUCGAAAACCAAACAUAGCAAGUUCAAUGAAUCGGGACAGCUUGCUGCCUUCUACUUAUUGUCCUUCAUCUGGGGCUGCAGCAUCUUAACGGCGGAGGAAUUUGCGACAAAUCCUACUUUCUUAUGGGAGGGCUACCCACACACCCACAUGGUACCGGAUCUCUGCCUGCCUGUAACCUGCCCUCUCUGCAGCUUUCAGGUGAAGUUCUUCUACAUUUGCCAAAUCGCAUACUGGCUCCAUGCCCUUCCUGAGCUGUACUUCCAGAAAGUGAGAAAGGAGGAUAUUCCCCGCCAGCUCUAUUACAUUUGUCUUUACGUCUUCCACAUCACCGGUGCCUACAUCUUAAACCUCCACCGGCUGGGCCUGGUGCUGCUGGUACCUCACUACCUGGUGGAGCUCCUGUUCCACGCCUCACGCCUCUUCUACUUCAGUGACGAGAACAAGCAGAAGGGUUUCACUCUGUGGGCGCUACUUUUCGUCAUCGCUCGCCUCCUUACCCUCACCCUCUCCGUACUGACUUUUGGCUUCGGACUGCCCCGCGCAGAGAACCAGGGUUUCUCACUGGCAAAAGGCAACUUCAAUGUGCUUACCAUUAGGAUGACGUGCCUGGCUGCCAUUUGCCUGACCCAGGCCUGGAUGAUGUGGAAGUUCAUCAACUUCCAGUUGAAGAAGUGGAGGGAGCACAGCCAGAGCCAGGCCUCCAAGAAGAAGGCUUUCAGCCCAAAGAGCAAGCCCCACAAGAAGGACCUGGCCCGGGUAGGUUCUGCCAACGGUGUGGUGAAGUCCGAUGACAAGGCCUCACCCCGUGCGAGAAAAGCCAAAGCCUCCUAGAGUUGGAGGGAGAGAAUGGAGGGAUGGAGCUAAGGAGAAGUGAGGGGGCUAUUCUCAAUGUGACAUUUUGUCUUUUCAUCACUUACAUUUUUUAAAAUCUAUUCCCCAAAAGAACCAUAACUGUCUCUUUUGUGUUAGAACCUAUGUUUUAAUAGUUAUGUUUUUGUUUGUUUUGAUGACCUCAUAUGUUUGUGUUGAGUUGUUAUUUCUGUGGAUGGGAUGUAAGCAGGGCAGGGUCAACUGGUUAAAUGUUUUAAAGUAUGAAUCCGCUACCCGUGUGUGCCCCACCAGCUGCCCCACUGCUUGUGCUGUGUGUUCCUUUGAACGAAAACAUGGGGUUUGGCCCUAAGCCACUCUGGGCUAGCCUUUUGGGCAAGGGGUGUCUGUGCUAAAUCUCUCUCACUCAAAUGAUGUUGCUUGAGAGAGAGGAAGUGGGAAGUAACUGGAUAGAUAAUUGGUCAAAAAGUCAUUUUUGGAGAGGAAUUAUCUGUAGCGAUUGCAUCCAGCUUCAGGGCCCUAGUCAAUCAAACUUUCCAACUGGAUUUCUGAGGAAGUCAAACAUGCACUGUUCAAUUUUUACAGCAAGAGUGCAUGUCACGAUUCAUGUUCUCAACAUAACAUGUAAAACAAGAA